AACAGUGCCAUUGUGCAGCAGCAGCAUCAGCGUCCUAUCUGUACACAUGCGUGAAUGCAUGUAUGUGUGUGUGAAUUCAAUUUGCGAUACGCCUGAAAGAUGCGUAGACCGUCCGCGUUGAGUCGCAAUCAUUAUUUUGUGAUCGGGCUGCUGCUGGGCCUGGUGCUCAGCUGCUAUAUACCGCAGGACAUUUGGGAGUUGGUGCAGCAGGAGGAAUGCCCACAGGAGGCUGCCGAAAAUUUGCUCAUCGAACGUUUCGGCCAGGACUUUGAGCCACAUUUAAAUUUGAUCAAUAAGCCGCUGGCGGCCAAAAAGCCGGUAAAAAAUGUAUUACGGCCUCGUUACUACUCCUCGGAGUUGGGCAUACGGGAGAAGAUCUUUAUCGGCGUGAUGACGUCACAGGAGAACAUCAACAGCUAUGCAACGGCAUUCAAUCGCACCACCGCCCACCUGGUGAACAAGAUCAAGUUCUUCAUCAAUGCGGACAGCGUGAAAACGAACUAUCAGUUGAAGAACAUCGUCGGCUUCACGGACACGCGGGAAAGUCGUCGUCCCUUCUAUGUGAUCAAGUAUAUAGCGGACAAUUAUCUGGAUGAAUACGAUUACUUUCUGCUGGUGCCGGACAAUGUCUAUGUGGAUGCACGGAAGCUGAAUGCGCUGCUUUACCAUAUGAGCAUCACCUUUGAUCUGUAUAUGGGCGGCAUACGGGUUGCCCAGGGCGAAACUGGCGAUGGUCAUGGCAAUGGCAAUGGCAAGGGCGAUGGCAAUGUUGGCAAUGGCAAUGGAGAGGAUGAGAAUGCAGCACCAGUUGAACGUGAUGAAUCGAUGAAUGAUUCGGGUGCGGCAGGUGUGAGUGAUCGCAAUUAUUGUGACCUUGACGCGGGCAUCCUGCUGAGCAGCAGCGUCAUACGGAAGAUGCGCAACAAUUUGGAUCGUUGUGUGCGGAUUGGGAUUACGAAUGAUCAUAGCGUUAACAUUGGACGCUGUGUAAAGUAUGCAAGUCGUGUGGCUGGCUGUCAGGAAAGCUUUCAGGGUAUGCGUCAAUAUAGCUAUGCAUUGAAUACAAAGUCGCGCCAAUAUAAGGAUCUCAGCAUCUUGGCCAAGGAGCCGGCAUUCCUCAAUGCAACGACCGUUUAUCCCGUACAGUCGCCGGAGGAUUUCUAUCGUCUGCACGCCUACUACUCCAAGCAUCAUCUGGAUAUGGUGCGGCAGCGCGGCUAUGCCCUGGAACAGAAAUCGUACCGUAUCGCCAAUGGCAGCAUCUCCAACAAAAUACUCGAGAUACGUUGGCCCCUGGGCGUACCACCGCCCAGUGCGCCGGAGACGCGGCACGACAUGCUUACGUGGCAGCUGCUAAACGAGACGCACUCAAUGCUGCCGAACGCGAACUCCGACCAUGCCGUGGCACCGCUCAGCCGCAUCGAAGCCCUGGACUUUGCCAAGGUGCUGGAGAUCACACUGCAAUAUGCCGCACAGAAGUAUCCGAAGCUGCGAUACGAGAGCUUGCACAGUGCCUACCGGAAGUUCGAUGCGACGCGUGGCAUGGACUAUCAGCUGCAUCUGAAUCUGUACGAGGGCGGCAGCGACGUUGCCAAGCGGCGGCGAGUGUUGCUCAAAAGCUUCGAGGUGGUCAAACCGCUGGGUCGCGUAGAGGUGGUGCCGUCGCCCUACGUCACGGAGAGUACCCGGAUCGCCAUACUGGUGCCGGCAUUUGAGCACCAGGUGCCGGAUGCGCUCGACUUUGUGGCCCAAUACGAACGCAUCUGCAUGCACAACCAGGACAACACAUUCCUGCUGCUGAUCUUUCUGUACCGCCUCGAAUCGCCCAGCAAGGGUGACGACGAUCCCUUCAAGAGCCUGAAAAAGUUGGCUCUUGAUUUGUCAUCCAAGUACAAGACAGAUGGCUCGCGCAUUGCCUGGGUCUCCAUACGGCUGCCGGAGCAGCUGAGCACGGAGCCAGUGCACCCGGAGGAUUGGCUAAUGCACGCCUCCAUGUACGGACCGAGGCAGUUGCUCAGCUUGGCUGUUGCCGAUCUGGCGCUGCCUAAACUCGGACUCGAAUCGCUGGUGCUGUUGGCCACGCCCAGCAUGCUCUUCCGCACGGACUUUCUCAAUCGUGUCCGCAUGAAUACCAUCCAAGGGUUUCAGGUGUACGCGCCCAUUGGCUUCCAGCUCUAUCCCUGCAACUGGGCGCACUUCUGCAAGGAGUGCGACACCUGCGACAUCAGCCAGAGCAGCGGCUACUUUGACCGACAGAAUCAGGAUGUGAUUGCCUUCUACAGUCGCGACUACGUACAGGCUCGCAAACUUUUGGAUCCCCUGGGUCUGCCCAUAAUGCGUAGUGAUCUGGACAUUGACCAGCUACUGCUGGCCACAUCAAAGCCUCGCACCUCCAAGAUCGAGAGCAUUCUGGACAUGUUUGUGGCCGCUCAGCAUACGGUGCACAUAUUGCGCGCCGUCGAGCCCCAUUUGCGCUUCGGUCUCGAUGUGCGAAAUCAUUUGGCCCGGGGCGGUUCACUGCCCCCGACGUUGCCCCAGUCGUGCGGCGGCCAGCACUGCAUCCAUUUGGCGUCGCGCAAGCAGAUCGGCGAUGCCAUCAUCCGCUACGAGGAUAAAAGUAUUCUGCAAAAGUAGCUGCCCUACCCAGCUAAUUUUGAUAUACAUAUAUAUCUAUAUAUUAUAGUAAUAUUAUCAGUUCCUUGCUAAACAUAUAUAU